AUGUGCUCCCAGCGAGUACACAAACCAUUCCGAGCAGUUUCUGCGCCCACGCAGGGAGCGUUGAAAUCCAGCUUUCUCUCGGGAGAGGGUUCGUCUCCGUGCCAGCUAGCCACCGGCGGUUUCGCAAAGCGGUCGCUGCUGGCGGCGGCUUCCGCCUCCCCCUCCGCGCGCCUGCACCGCCGCGUGGUCGCCGCCUCCGCCGCCACGCAAUCAGCCGCCGCGGCUGUCGCAGCCCCGGCCGUCCAGAAGCAGCGAAUCCGCAUCAAGCUCAAGUCGUACCAGGUGCCUCAACUGGAGGCAGCAUCCCAGCAGAUUCUUGACGUGGCGAAGGAGACGGGAGCAGGCAUCAUGGGCCCGGUGCGCCUGCCAACGCACAUCCGCAAGUACUGUGUGCUGCGCAGCCCUCACGUGGACAAGGACUCGCGGGAGCACUUUGAGAUCCGCACACACAAGAGGUUGAUUGAUCUGGAGAACCCGACCGCGACCACCAUUGAUGCUCUCAUGCAGCUCGAGCUGCCGUACGGUGUGGAGGUUGAUGCACCAUCGUCGUUCUUCGAGCUGCAGCCGUCGACUUUUCACCCUUUACUGACCGAUGUUGGAACUAGCGUUUCGUCUGGAAACGCUGGAAUUGUCGCUCUAGCUUCUGGCUUACUGCCGUUAGCAGCUUCAUGGCAGCAGGACGUGGCUGCAACGCUUUUCACCCUCCUAGGCUCGGUGGUAUGGGUCCGCGUGUUUGAUGAGCUGGCCAGACGGAAUGUCCUGGAUCAGAAACUGAGUCGCAAGAUUGUGCACAUCACCACAGGGCUGCUAUUCAUGCUCUCUUGGCCUCUCUUCAGCUCCAACCCAGCAGCAAGGUUCCUCGCUGUUGCCGUGCCAGUGGCGAAUGCCGUCCGGAUACUGCUGCUGGGCACAGGCAUCACGAAGAACGAGGGAGUGGUGAAGUCCAUCAGCAGAGAAGGCAGUGCCAGCGAGCUGCUUCGGGGACCUCUGUACUAUGUGCUCACCAUCGUUUUAGUCACAACAAUCUUUUGGCGCAGCUCCCCCGUUGGAGGAAUAGCGCUGGUGCUCAUGUGUGCUGGGGAUGGAAUGGCUGACAUAGUUGGUAGACGAGUGGGUUCCGCGAAGCUUCCCUGGAACAGUCGCAAGAGCUGGGCUGGGAGCGUUGCCAUGUUGCUCUGCGGUUCUCUCUUCUCUAUAGCGUUUCUCUAUGUAUUUUGCUCUUUUGGGUUCUUCCACACCCAGUGGUGGUCUGCCGAUAUCUGCUUCAGGAUCUUCCUGAUAGCUGCUGGAGCAACAUUCAUGGAAUCGUGUCCCAUAAGCGAGAAGCUAGAUGACAAUUUUACAGUCCCGUUCUCAGCUGUGCUGCUGGGACGCUUUCUUCUUCCAAUGGUGUAG